AAUCAAACAGGUAAAAGUAGGUAUGGAGAGGGCAACUCUUCGUGAGGGGAAAAUCACUAUGGAACUCUUGAACUUUCAGUUCCACACAUCUGAUUUCAAAUUUACAUUGUAAAUAAAUGUUUACUCCUAUGUGCUUAUUAACUAAUUAAAAUACAACAAUAGUCUACAUAUGAAAGUUUAUGUAAAAUUUUAUGAGAAUUUAUAUUUACUAUUAGAUAUUUUAAUAAAAAUUCGAUUUACUUAAGAUUUAACCGGUUAGAGGUUAAAAAUGAAAUACAAACAUUUCAACUGAAAUUAUGUUACAUCUAAUAUUAUUAUAAGUACAUAUAUAUAACAAUAAAUAUUUUAAAAUUUCUUUUAUAAUCGUGAAAUUUUUUAAUAAAUAUUAAAACGGUGUUAUGAAGAGAAAAAUGAAUUUUGUAUUAUCGACACGAUUGUUUAGUUCCAAUACUUCCAGUUCUAUUAAAAAGAGUUCAAAGUUAAUCAGAAAUGAAUUUUUGGAUUAUUUUCAAGAAAGUUUGGGACAUACUUUUAUCCGAUCAAGUCCUGUUACACCACUCAAUGAUGAUUCAAUUGCAUUUGUUAAUGCCGGCAUGAAUCAAUUUAAGGGAAUUUUUUUGAACCAUUAUGAUCCACCUAUGAUGAAAGUUACAAAUUCUCAGAAAUGUAUUAGAAUUAGUGGAAAGCACAAUGAUCUAAAUAUUGUUGGAAAUGAUACGUAUCAUCAUACAUUUUUUGAAAUGUUAGGGAAUUGGUCUUUUGGAGAUUAUUUUAAGAAAGAAGCAUGCAUUUAUGCUUGGGAUCUAUUGACAAAGCAUUAUGGAAUUAAGAAAAACUCUUUAUACGUAACAUAUUUUGGUGGAAGUGAACAGCUAGGAUUAGAACCAGAUUUAGAGUGUAAAGACAUUUGGUUAAAUAUUGGUGUUGCCAAAGAUAGAAUUUUGCCAUUUGGUAUACAAGAUAAUUUUUGGGAAAUGGGUAUUUGUGGGCCUUGUGGACCUUGUACAGAAAUACAUAUAGACCAUAAAAAACAAGAAUUAAAUCAAUCCAUGCGAGUCAAUAAAGGCUAUUCAGAUCUCACAGAAUUAUGGAACAUAGUUUUUAUACAAUAUGAACGAUUAACAGAUGGUACAAUAAUACCUCUACAAAAGCAUCAUGUGGAUACUGGUAUGGGAUUUGAAAGAUUAGUUGCAUUAUUACAGGAAAAAAAUUCAAAUUAUGACACAGAUCUUUUCCAACCACUUUUCAAAAGUAUUGAGAUAUACACAAAAGCGCCAGCUUAUACAGGACAAUUUUCUAAUGAUCACAAUAGUAUUGAUAGUGGAUAUAGGAUAUUAGCAGAUCAUAGUAGAAUGAUUACUGUUGCUUUAGCAGAUGGAACAAUACCAGAGGAAAAUAAGAAACUUAGAAAAAUAAUAAGAAAAGCUAUUGAUAUAGGUGAGAAGGUAUUUAAGAAAGAAAAGAUACUUUCAGAACUUUCAUAUACUGUAGCAGAGAAUUUGGGCGAUGUUUAUCCAGAAUUACAGACGAAUCUUAAAAAGGUACAAAAAAUAAUAGAAUUUGAAGAAGAGUUAUUUGAAAAAUUAAGGAAAACGUCUGGAAAAGAAUGGAAGAAAAUCACUGAAAUGAGACCUGAAUUAUCAUUAGUUACUGAUUGGACAGCUCCUGGUUUACUACAUGGAUAUAAAUAUCUGCAAAGUAUAGUUCAAGAUUUGAAAGCAACUAGAACAUUACCAGGGCAUGUGGCUUUUAAGUUGUAUGACACAUAUGGUUUAAGCAAUGAAACAGUAGCUGAACUUGCAGACAUUGAAUCUUUACAUUUUGACAAAAAAGAUUUCCAAAAUCACUUACAAAAUGUUAAAUAUCAAUCAAAAUAUGGACUACAUAAAAGUAAUAACAUAAUUAUACAGAAAUUCGUAAAAUUAUUGCAACAAAAUUGUGUACCUAAAACUGAUGACACAUUUAAAUAUGAAUAUGUUUGGGUUGGAAAUAAUUACCAGUUUCCUACAAUUAAAAGUAAAAUUAUAGGAAUGAUCGUAAAUGAUAAUUUAAUAUUGGACAAUAAGAAUAAUAUUACAAGUGAAGACAUUAAGUUGAAUGAAGAAGAUGAAAUUGGAAUUCUAUUGGAUAAAACAUUGUGUUAUUCAGUUGAAGGUGGACAAGGAUCAGAUUAUGGGACUAUUUGUAUAAAUGGUUUAAUUUUCCAUACAAAUAAUGUGCAAAAAUUUGCAAAUUAUGUUAUACAUUUUGGCAAAUUUGCAUGCAGCAAUUUAAAAAACUUAAAUGAAAAGAUAAAAAUUGGAGACAAUUGUACAGUAUCCAUCAAUUCUAAUCAUAGAAAAGGAUUAAUGCAACAUCAUACCGCUGCACAUUUGUUGAAUGUAAUUAUGAAGCAAAUUUUACCUGUUGCUUACCCACGCAGUUCUUCAGUUCUUUCACAUUUUUUAAGAUUUCAAUUUAAUUCUUUUGGAGAAAAACUCUCCGUUGAGCAAUUAAAAAUAAUUGAAAUAUUUAUAAAUAAUGUUAUAGAGGCUAAUGUUUUUGUUAAAACAAAAAUAUUAAAUUUUUCUGAGUUAUUGGCAGAGAACUUCGUAACACUAACGCCAGGAACCAUUUAUCCUUACACAAAUAUUCGACUUGUGGAAAUCGAUACUUCUAACUUAAGAUCAAAGGAAGCAUGUUGUGGCACACAUGUACAUAAAACUGGAAUAUUGGAACACUUUUGUUUGCUAGAUUACGAUCAAAAAGCAACGACAAACUUUACUGUUAAGGGAGUUGUAGGAUCAUUUGCUAGAUCUGCUAGAAUGGCAGGUGAGAAUGUACAAAGGAAAAUUUUGAAGUUAAAACAUAAAUUGAAAAAUGAGAAGAUUGAAUAUGACACAUUUAAAUCAAUUAGUGAGGAAAUAAAAAAUGAAAUAAAUAAUGUUAGUAAAAAAAGGCCAAUACCAUAUCUUGUUAAAAUUGAAUGUUUGAAGCAAAUAAAAGAUUUAGAUAAGGAUGCUUUGAUACAAGCAAAAGAAGCAGAAAUGUCUGCUUUAACUUUGAAUAUCAAAGGUACAAAUUCAGAUUCCUAUAUCGUUCACUGCUUGCAACAAAAUCCUAUGUAUUUAUCACUUCAUGAAAUUAUAUCUUUCUAUUCAAAUAUUCCCAUAAUGAUUAUUUUAUAUCACAAUGACACAAUAAAAGCACGCUGUUCUGUGCCCCAGGAAAUUAUAUGUGACACUUUUAAUGCACGAGCAUGGAUAAAAGUAGUUAUUGAAAUUUUCAAUGCAGAAUAUGGUUCAAUCAGAGGCUCUAAUCCAUUAUUGGUUGCUAGUAUGAAAUCAACAAAUGUGCCAAAACUCUCUUCAGAAUCUUUAGUGCUUAAUGCAGUUAGUGCAGCUAAAAAUUUUGCAUUUACAAAUAUAAAAAACAUAUAAAUAUAUUUAUUAUAA